AAAAGACUCUGAUUCCCAACUCCCAUCAGGGGGAGAGGGAGGAGAAAUACAGGGAAGGGAAAAAAAAAGCCCGAGCGAGUCGCUGCCCUCAGCUGUUGGCCAGGGUUGGUGGGGGACAAAAGUCCCUUUAAAAUAUUGAAUGUCAGUUGCAAACCUAAGAAAAGAAAAAUCUGAUCCGGAGCGCUAAAUUUAGGAGCUUUAUAUGGAACUUGGACUCUGCUGCUGGAUUUUGUAUGGAUUUUUUUCAACCUUUGGGAGGACAGACCCCGGCGUCCGCCCCUAGACCGCACUGAGCGACCGAAGCGGCUGGGGGGAAGCGUCGACAGAGCUGCCGGCAGAGAUGGCCGAGAAUUGGAAGAACUGCUUCGAAGAGGAGCUCAUCUGCCCCAUUUGCCUGCAUGUCUUUGUGGAGCCGGUCCAGCUGCCCUGCAAGCACAACUUCUGCCGGGGCUGCAUCGGGGAGGCGUGGGCCAAGGAGUCGGGCUUGGUGCGGUGCCCGGAGUGCAACCAGGCCUACAACCAGAAGCCCAACCUGGAGAAGAACCUGAAGCUCACCAACAUCGUGGAGAAGUUCAACUCCCUCAACCUGGAGAAGCCCCCCUCAGUCCUGCACUGCGUCUUCUGCCGCCGGGGCCCGCCGCUGCCGGCCCAGAAGAUCUGUUUGAGGUGCGAGGCUCCGUGCUGCCAGUCCCACGUCCAGACCCACCUGCAGCAGCCCUCCACGGCCCGGGGGCAUCUCCUGGUGGAGGCGGAGGACGUGAGGGCCUGGAGCUGCCCCCAGCACAACGCCUACCGCCUGUACCACUGCGAGGCCGAGCAGGUGGCCGUCUGCCAGUUCUGCUGCUACUACAGCGGGGCCCACCAGGGACACUCGGUCUGCGACGUGGAGAUCCGCCGCAAUGAGAUCCGGAAGAUGCUGAUGAAGCAGCAGGACCGCCUGGAGGAGCGGGAGCAGGACAUCGAGGAGCAGCUCUACAAGCUGGAAUCAGACAAGCGGCUGGUCGAGGAGAAGGUGAACCAGCUGAAGGAUGAGGUGCGCCUGCAGUACGAGAAGAUGCACCAGAUCUUGGAUGAGGACUUGCGGAAGACCAUGGAGAUCCUGGACAAGGCCCAGGCCAAGUUCUGCAACGAGAACGCGGCCCAGGUUCUGCACCUCAAUGAGCGCAUGCAGGAGGCCAAGAAGCUCCUCAGCUCUGUCCAGGUCAUGUUUGACAAAACUGAGGACAUCAACUUCAUGAAGAACACCAAGUCUGUGAAAAUCUUAAUGGACAGAACUCAGAACUGUACAGGUGGCAGCCUGCCCCCACCCAAAAUCGGCCACCUCAACUCCAAGCUCUUCCUGAACGAGAUUGCCAAGAAGGAGAAGCAGCUGAGGAAGUUGCUGGAAGGUCCUCUGAGCACCCCCGUCCCCUUCCUGCAGAGCAUCCCCAUGUACCCCUGCACCGUCAGCAACUCCGGCGCGGAGAAGCGCAAGCACUCCACCGCCUUUCCCGAGGGCAGCUUCCUCGAGCCAUCGUCCGGGACUGUGGCGAGCCAGUACAUGAGCCAGGGCGCUUCGGCCGGCGAGGGGCAGUCCGCACAAGCCAUGGUGCCUUGUAGCUCCACGCAGCACAUAGUUGGACUUCCUAGCGGCCCGCAGCCGGUGCACUCGGGCUCCGUCUUCAACCCAUCUCACUACCCCAACACCACGUCAUCUCAGCAGUCCGUGCUCUCCCAGUACGGCGGGCGCAAAAUCCUCGUCUGCUCCGUGGAUAACUGUUACUGUUCCUCGGUGUCCAACCACAGCGGGCACCAGCCCUACCCGCGCUCGGGGCACUUCCCCUGGACAGUGUCGUCGCAGGAGUACUCGCACCCGCUGCCGCCCGCCCCCGCCGUGCCCCAGUCGCUCCCGGGACUUGCCGUGAGGGAAUGGAUUGACGCAUCCCAGCAGCACGGGCGGCAGGAUUUCUAUAGGGUCUACGGGCAGCCCUCGGCCAAACACUACGUCACCAGUUAACCGUCACACUCUCUGGAGAGUCCUGCUCGAUGACGUGUUCAGAGAGAAAAGUCUGGUUUGGUUUGGCUUUUCUUUUUUUUUUUUCCUUCCCCUUUUAAAUCAAACCCAGUUUUUUCCCUGCCUCACGCCCCUCCAGGAUUUUGGGGAGGGUUGUUCUAUCAUAUCUCCUUUUUUUUUUUUUUAAAUUCUUUAAAAAUGAAAUAAUUUUUUUUUCAUUUUAAUGCCUUUUUUUAAUUUAAUUUUGGAAGUCCUUCCUGCCCCUCGCUGGGUAAACACGAGGGAGAAAUUACCGAGAAGAAAUUGAUGGGGAUUUCAGUCGGACAUCUGGGUCUGUGAGUCGUGCUCUUCCUCGCUCCUCUCUGCCUUUGGAAAACUUCAGAAGGGACAAUGGCACCUUCUCUCUUUCUAUUUCUGCAAGUUCAUUUUUUCUGGUUUGGUUCAGUUUUUCCCCUUUCCCCACCCCUUUCUUUCCCUUUUUAAAAAGAAAAAAAAAGAAAAAAUCUAUCAUUGAUUCAGUAUGAAAUGAUACUUGUAGAUUUUGGGUUUGUUACUUUUUUUUUUUUAAAGGCUGAUUUUUUUUUGUGUUACAAGGCCACUUCUCAUGCAUAUUGGCAUUUUUUUUUCCUUCUUUCAGAGAUUUGUAAAUACACAAUGGCAGGAAAUUUAAUGCACAAAAAAAAAGGGAAAAGAAACUUUACAAAAAGCCACAAAUAAAUAAAUAAAAAAAAUCUGUUCUAGUUUUCAGGAGGGGAAGCGUGACCAAAAUGCACUCCCCUCCUGCAUAUCGCUGAUGCAACUUCCUGUAACAAGCACUUUGUAUAAAAAAAAGUGGACUUCCUGCUAUAAGGCACAGGUAUUUAUUCUGUAACCAAUUUUAGACACACACACACACACACACACAAACACACACACACGCAAAAUAUUCAAAUAAAUGUGAUCACUUAGUGCAAAUGC